AUGCCAAGAAAAGUCGUAAAAGUACCGGAAACGGGUUGUGCCUGUCGUAAAGCAGCCCCUGAUGUGUGGCGCGUGAAACCCCGUCGGUCUCUCCGUACGGCAGCCCAAGCUGAAGACGAAACAUGCCGGCUAAAGGUCCCCUACAAUCUGUCCAGGUCUUUGGACGUAAAAAAACCGCCACAGCAGUUGCUCACUGCAAAAGGGGAAAUGGUCUGA